UCGAGUGAGGCAGCGUCUGCAGCCACGCUCUCCGGUCUCUGAGGGAGAAUCUGGCGUUAUGGCCACCCAGUCACGCUGGGAGAAAGAGCAGCAGCCACAGCAGGGUGAAAUGCCCACAGAGCUGAAGAAUGGGGUCAUUUCUGUCCCUGGCAAUGCCUGUGAGAUAGAGAACCUCGAUCCCGGUGCCAUGGUCUCCACAGUCUUCAGAGACCUGUCUCCAUCGGGUGGCGGCGCCCCUCACGGAGACACAGUGAGUUCCUCGUCCUGCGAUGUGGCUGACGCCGGCGCCAUUUCUGGGGCCAGGGAGGAUCCGGGGCCACCCGCUGUGGAAGGUGUACAGGAGAGGGGGUGCUCCAACCUCCAAGGGGGCGGGAAUUCCCUUGUGAAGCUGAGAUGUGUGGUGCCUGUGACGGGCCAAGGCGUCCAGAUCGCGCCUUCUGGGAGUGGGGCCACCAUCGGGCAAGCCGCGGGGGGCUCUGGCCGGCGUCCCACUCAGACCGCGAGCCCAGGGAAGGGCCGCAGGAAGAAGCGGCCCCGCGGUGAGGAGGCUGCCCCUGCUCAGAAGCCUCGACGGCGCAGUCUGUUUCGCGGGGCUGCCGGGCCCCAGUGGCCUUUGCUGUUGCCGCCAUCUUCUCUGAGGUCUAAUCCCAGCAGCUGCAGCGGCCAUUCUGAGGCUUCUCAGUGGAGCAACGCAUCACCGCCAGGUCCUGCCCUCCGAAGCCAGGCCAAAGCACCGGGUCCUGCUCUUCGUGGUCAAGCUGCCAGACCAGGUCCUGCCCUCCGAAGCCAGGCCAAAGCACCGGGUCCUGCUCUUCGUGGUCAAGCUGCCAGGCCAGGUCCUGCCCUCCGAAGCCAGGCCAAAGCACCGGGUCCUGCUCUUCGUGGUCAAGCUGCCAGGCCAGGUCCUGCCCUCCGAAGCCAGGCCAAAGCACCGGGUCCUGCUCUUCGUGGUCAAGCUGCCAGGCCAGGUCCUGCCCUCCGAAGCCAGGCCAAAGCACCGGGUCCUGCUCUUCGUGGUCAAGCUGCCAGGCCAGGUCCUGCCCUCCGAAGCCAGGCCAAAGCACCGGGUCCUGCUCUUCGUGGUCAAGCUGCCAGGCCAGGUCCUGCCCUCCGAAGCCAGGCCAAAGCACCGGGUCCUGCUCUUCGUGGUCAAGCUGCCAGGCCAGGUCCUGCCCUCCGAAGCCAGGCCAAAGCACCGGGUCCUGCUCUUCGUGGUCAAGCAGCCAGGUCAGGCCCUGCCACACGAGGCCGCACCACUCUGCCAGGCCCUGUUCUCCGUAGCCACACAUCCAAGUCUGAUGAUGCUCUUGCUACUUGUGCAUCUGAGCCUCGCUCUUCUCGCUGCCACCGCCGUCGCCAUGCAUCUGUGCCAGAUCCUGCCCUCCGUGGUCACACCACUCCAUUAGCUCCAGCUCUCCUCAGUCAAGCAGCCAGAUCAGGCCCUGUCCUCCGAAGCCAGGCCAAAGCACCAGAUCCUGCUCUUCGUGGUCAAGCAGCCAGGCCAGGCUCUGCCCAACAAGGCCGCACCACUCAGCCAGGCCCUGUCCUGCUUGACCAGGCCCGUGGUCAAGCAGCCAGACCAGGUCCUGCUCUCUGUAGCCACACAUUUGGGUCAUGUGCUCCUCUGCACAGUCAUGCAUCUGAGCCAGGCUCUUCUCUCCACAGCCUUGGUGCACCUGUUCCAGGCCUGGUCCUCUGUCAUCCUGCAGCCCAGCCAGGUUGUGUUCCCUGCAGCAGUGCAUCUUGUCCAGGCCCAGCUCUCCACCAUGGUGUCAUCAUGUCAGGCCCUACCCUCCAAAGUUGUGCCACACAGCCAGGCCCUGCUCUCCAUAGCCACGCCUCCACACCUGGUCCUGUCCUCCGCAGCCAUACUGCCCAGCAAAGAUCAGCGCCUUGCAGCCCUUCUUCUGCUUCUGGGCCUGUUGCUCAGAGUCCUCCUUCUUCCUCUGGGUUGGCUUUAAGAAGCCUUGUCUUCCAGAGCAGCUCAAGCUCACCUGAUCCAGAGGUCUUUCGCUUUGCUGCCCAGCCUGAUUCUGCUAUCCAGAUGAGUUCCUCCUCAUCUUCUUCUCUUGGUGUGUUCUAUACUCUUUUCCCUGGGCCAGGUAGUAUGAGCUGCUCCUCCUCCCCUGGGUCUCCUAGCCUGAGCCCCUGCUCCUCCCGCUCUGGGUGUUCUGUCCAGAGUUCCUCUCCCUCUUCCCACCGGUUUUGGAGCCUGGGCUCAGGCUCCACCUCCACCACUAGCCCUGCUAGCAUUAGGUGUGCCUUGAUGUGGGAUCUUGAUGGCCUGAGCCCUGUCUCUUCUGGAAGCUUGUCUUCCUCCCCUACACCAUCUGUGCCGUAAUCUUCCAUGAGCAUCCUCAUAAGGCCCACAAAAGGAAUCACCUUCUACCCACUGUGCUGAAUGGGCCGCCUGCUCUCCAAUUACCUGUGAGGUUUCCAAGAGUUCUGGGAGCCACCCACCACUGUCAUGUUAUUUGAAGCCCCCUCACCCCAAGACUCCACCACCCAGCACUUACCUGCUUUUGACCCUUGAUUCCAGGCCCUCUUCUCCCUCAAAAGUUUCUGCCUUUGCCCCUGAGUUGAGAUUCCCCUUUCCCAGGUUGCUUGUUAUACAGAGAAUUUUUGAUGAAUAAAAUUAAAAUGUUGGUUUUAUUUCAUCUAA